UGCACCGGAGACAACGCAUUUAAAACGGAGCAUGUUACAAAAAUAUGAAGUCCAGCAUAGCACAGUGCACACCGCCACACUCAGAAGGCCUCUCUCUCUCUCUCUAGUCUCUACACCACCAUACUCAGAAGUUCUCUGCUUAGAUAUCACAUUCAAGGGAUACGUUGGGUUCUUUGAGCAGCAUUCCCCGAUUAUUUGUUUAGGAAGAUCUCAUUGUGGUUCAUAAAGCCUUCUCGGUAUACCCUUUCUUAUCCCGAAAUUCAGGGACACUCCAAUUCCAAAUACAUUUAGAUUUUGUUUAAUCGGAAAUCUGAGAAACUCCGACUCAACCUACCAACCUAAAAUCUAUUUUAUUAAUUACCCAGUCAUACAUUCCGAUUUCCUCACAAAUGAGCUUUCCGUGACCUAAAAUUCACAAAACUUUUGCUUCAAAGGAAAAGGGGUUCAUGCUCUUUUUCUCCACUUUCCAUUUGGAUCUCCGGAAAGUCGUUAGAUUUUUUCAACUGUGACUGUUCCUUUCCUGUUAGUCUAUAUUCAAAUUUUUACCAAAAAAAUGUCGGAGACAUAUCCAAAUUCCAAUCCAAACAAGCCGUUGAUUCAACAGUCAACAUAUUCGCGAAUGCUUCCGGAUUUCAAACAAUCCGUGAAGCUGAAAUAUGUGAAACUUGGCUACCACUACCUCAUCACCCAUGGAAUGUACCUGUUUGUAUCGCCUCUCGUUGUUGUGGUCGUAGCACAGCUCUCUACAUUUUCACUCCAAGGUCUUUAUGAGCUUUGGGACCAUCUCCGCUACAAUCUCAUAUCCGUCGUUCUAUGCUCAACUCUCCUCGUCUUCUUAUCCACCCUUUAUUUCCUCACUCGUCCCCGCCCUGUUUACCUCGUUGAUUUUUCAUGCUAUAAGCCUGAGGAUGCCCGGAAAUGCACUAGGCAGAUAUUCAUGGAUCGGUCCUGUUUGACGGGGACAUUCACUGAGGAAAACCUCGAGUUCCAAAGGAAGAUUCUUGAGCGGUCGGGUCUUGGGGAGUCGACAUAUCUCCCUGAAGCGGUUUUGAAGGUUCCUCCUAAUCCAUCAAUGGCGGAGGCACGGAGAGAAGCUGAGGCAGUGAUGUUCGGUGCCCUUGAUCAGCUUUUUGAGAAGACGUGUCUGAAACCAAAAGAUAUUGGGAUUUUGAUUGUGAAUUGUAGCUUGUUUAAUCCAACUCCAUCAGUGUCUGCAAUGGUUAUUAACCAUUAUAAGCUUCGAGGGAAUAUUGUUAGUUAUAAUCUGGGUGGGAUGGGUUGCAGUGCUGGUUUGAUCUCAAUUGAUCUUGCUAAAGAUCUUCUUCAAGUUCAUCCCAAUUCAUAUGCUUUGGUGAUUAGCAUGGAGAACAUCACUCUGAAUUGGUAUUUUGGGAAUGAUAGAUCCAUGCUUGUUUCAAAUUGCUUGUUUAGAAUGGGAGGAGCUGCAAUAUUGCUUUCGAACAAGAGGUCUGAUAGACUUCGGUCCAAGUAUCAAUUGGUUCAUACAGUUCGAACCCACAAAGGUGCUGAUGAUAAGUGCUUUUCUUGUGUUACUCAACAGGAGGAUCCCACUGGGAAGAUUGGAGUUUCUUUAUCUAAGGAUCUAAUGGCAGUUGCUGGGAAUGCUUUGAAGACUAACAUCACUACGUUGGGACCUCUUGUGUUGCCAAUGUCUGAACAAUUACUCUUCUUUGCCACAUUGGUUGGGAGAAAACUUUUCAAGAUGAAGGUGAAGCCUUAUAUCCCAGAUUUCAAACUGGCUUUUGAGCAUUUCUGCAUUCAUGCUGGAGGAAGGGCUGUGCUGGAUGAGUUGCAGAAGAAUUUACAGCUUUCAGAUUGGCAUAUGGAACCUUCAAGGAUGACACUUUAUCGUUUUGGCAACACCUCCAGCAGCUCUCUUUGGUAUGAAUUGGCUUAUACAGAAUCCAAGGGGAGGGUGAAGAGAGGAGACAGAAUAUGGCAGAUUGCAUUUGGGUCUGGGUUCAAAUGUAACAGUGCAGUUUGGAAGGCUCUACGGAGUGUGAACCCGGUGAAGGAGAAGAACCCAUGGAUGGAAGAGAUCCACCAGUUUCCGGUGAACGUUCCUAAGGUCUCAGCCAUUUGAUUUCAAGUGCUUCUUUUCCUUUGUGGCAGUAUGAUGGUGACAGCCCUCUUGCUCGUUGCUCUGUAAAACCUUUUUGUUCUGUUUCACGGUUCUGGGAUAUGGUGAUCUUUUGGUGGAAAGAUGCUAGGAAUGGUUGUGCAUUUUCCUUUUCUAAGGAGAGGGAUAUGGUGAUUUUAUUUGGUUGGGAUUAGCUGUUACUGUUUGGUAGGAUAUUGAGAAGGUCAGUCUUUUUUCUUUUCCUCGGCUGAGAAUGCCGGUGUCUGAUUUGCUGUGAGCCUGUGAUCCCAGAUCUGUGUCCAUUUAGUUCCAGUCCGAAACUGGGGUUUUGAAUUGUGACGUCUGGCUAUUUUACCAGGUAAGUGUUUCGAGAUAGAACCAGGCUAGAAGGUUGUUUUUUUCACAUUGACUCUGAAAGUCUGAUGGCAUUAGGAUCGAUCUUUAUUGAAUGGAAUGUAGCUCUUAACUAUUCUUCAUCA